AGGGGAUUUUAUUUUGAAGACGUACCGGAAGUCCUUCCUUCAUAACUUCCGUUUACAGAUUGUCCUCUUAGCGUAGCUCACAACAGCGCGCUUCAGCACCGGAUUGCGGUUGAUUUCAGCGUGAAAUAAUGGAUAACCCUCAGCAGUUCAGUUACAUGGGCGCUCCGCCGCCUCCCUUCAAUGAUCCCGCGGGUUUAGAUGGCGCUGUUUAUGCAGGAGGAGGUGCGGGACCAGCGCCGAUGCCUCCUCCACCUCCGCCUGCAGCGGGACACACGUGGAACACGUAUCCGCAUCCACCACCGGCGGUGCAGCAUCACUGGCCCCCGUUCCCACCCUUCGACCCGAGCAGACCACCUCCGGGGAGCUUUGAACCUCCCCAGCACAGCGAGAACCCGCCUCCGUCCUGGUCCCAGAACCAGUGGCGUCCUCCAGAGCAUCACUUCACGAGACAAGUCCCACCAAAUCAGCAUCAGUUUCCAGAUGCAGCACCUCCAUCGUAUCAGUCCAGCGCCAGACUGGAGCUUUACACCUCCAACCGGCAAAAUUACCCAUUUAACAGCCAGUCUAUGAACAGACCCUGGCUGGAUGGCCAACGAAACCAGAGUAAAACCAUCUCAAUAACAGCUUCCGAUGAAGAAUCCAUGCAGAGAUUGAGAGAUGAGCAGUGGAUUCGGAGUUUCUUGCUUAAAAGAAGAAAUAAAUCCACUGAACCAAAGCACACCGAGUCCAAAGCGUCCAUCUCUCAGUUCAGAGAGAAGCUGUAUGGGACUGUUCAGAUGCUGUCUGAGUUAAAUAUCGUGUGUCGGAUGCUAAAGGAUCAUUUGGAGAAUGAGGAUGUUUGGACGGAGAGCCUCUCAAAAGCGACCGAGCUGAAGAACAGCAUCCAGGAGAGCCUGACGGAUCUGAAGGACCCGGACUGUGUCGGCGGCAUCAAGAGGAAACUACUGCUGAUAAAUAAGAAGAGAGCAAGGAUGCGGAGACGAAAGAUGGAGCAAAAGGAGGAAAAGCAGGAGCAGGAGGCUAGACGUGCUGAACGAGAGGCGGAGGUUGAUAAAUGGCAGAUGAAACGCAUUCAAGAAGUGGAGGAGAAGAACAGAGAGAAAGAGUUGAAGCUGGCCGCUGAUGCUGUUCUCUCAGAGGUCAGAAAGAAACAAGCCGAUGCCAAGAGAAUGCUGGACAUCCUCAAAUCACUGGAAAAACUCAGAAAACUCAGGAAAGAGGCUGCAGCCAGGAAGGGCAUGUUUCCAGGAAAGGAGAGCGAUGAGAGAUUUGAGGGUCACUUGGAGCGGUUGAGGAGUCUGAUCCGUAAGCGCACGGCUGUGUAUGCGACAGAGGAGAAAGCUCUGAGAGUCAUGCUGGAGGGUGAGCAGGAGGAGGAGCGCAAACGAGACCGCGAGAAGCGACUGAAGAAAGAAAAAGAGAAGCUGUUGCAGAAGAAACGAGAGGUGGACACAAUGCUGUUUGGAGCUGAAUUGCCACCUGAUCACCCUCUUCAGCCGUUCCUAGAUUACUACACACAGGCAGAGCGCUCCCUUCCUGCUCUUAUUCAAAUAAGAAGAGAGUGGGAUCAGUUCCUGGUUUCUGACAAACACCCUGACGGUACAUCAGUUCCUCAGGGCUGGGUUCUGCCCGACCAACCAGCCGACGACAUCUGGGCCACAGCCCUGGAGAAAUGAUGCNUAGUUAUGACCCGACGGACUGUUCAUUCAUGUGGGGGAAAAAAUGUUUGGCUGGCAAAAUGUGUGACCAGAUUAAAUGAUACUAGAUUGGGUGAAUCUCACGAAAACGUUUCAUCCUAAAAUCAAAGAAAUGCUUUGCAUAAAGAAAAGAAGCUUUUUUCCGGCCAUUUAAAAUUUUUUUUUUUUACAUUGUGACAUUAUUUUUAUGAUUGUUAAGUGCAUUUUACACAAAUUCUUAUUACCACAAUGUGCUUGGAUUUAAAAAAAAAUUGUCAUUAUUCCCAGUGGUGAUUGUUAUUAGGUUGUCGUUGAUGCAAUGCGGAU